AUUGAUCUUGAGCACUGGAGACAAAGCUGAAGACAUCUCCCGGCGUCAGGACCGCGCGUCGGAUACAACGCAAGUAAAAUGGAGACCGAUGUAUCGUUGCAUAUGAGAAAUGCGUGAUCGUUAUCGAAGCUUUCGUCGUCGAUGUAAAGGGGACGUGUGGAACCUCGCAUAACCCGACGUCUUUACGCGAAGGGUUCGAGUCUUUAGGACAUGCGCAAUGCAGUGUUUCGUUUGUGAUAAAGCAGUCGCUGUCAGGGUGCGAAUGUGCUACUUUGUAAUGGGAAAUAGAGCUUAAUAUCCCUACUGUAUGCCGCAAGCACGUCGCAAGUACACGCACAUGAAAUCGCAUUGAAAACACAUUGAAAGUAAUGGGUACGUGACAGAACCGGGCGACCGAUCCAAAGUGCCGAACAGAAGUGAACCGGAAGACGGAAUUUGGCGAAGGUGUUCCCUACGCGAACCUCUCUCUGGUCUCCAUCACCAGCACCACGGACAGCGACCAUGAACAGGUUACGCAGGAAGGCGUGCGUGGCUCUUCUCCUCUUCACUCUCUUCAUUUUCGGCACUAUGAUGGGCCUACGAACCCUUAAACCCACCGACGGUUUCUCCGACCUGGCACCGGGAAUGGAGUUAAUGCCCGCGGUUGGAGAGAGAACGGACCAGAGACCCAAUCCUUUGGCCGAAGCAGCAGGUCAGACCGGAAUUGGAAGCGACACAAAGAUAGUGUUCUCCAACUCCGGUCCAGACCACAGCAUAUUCUACGACAUCCACAUCUUCUAUUAUUUAUGGUAUGGCACUCCACAGAUGGACGGCAGUUAUAUACACUGGGACCACGUGCUGGUACCACACUGGGACCCUAAAAUCGCUGCCAGUCACCCUAACGGGCGACACAACCCUCCGGAGGACGUCGCGUCCAGUUAUUACCCUGAUCUGGGACCCUACAGCUCCAGAGAUCCAGAUGUCAUUGAGUCGCACAUGGCACAGAUAGAAGCUGCAGCUGCAGGUGUAGUGGUGCUGUCCUGGUACCCGCCCGGUGUGGCAGAUGAACAUGGCAAAGCCUCAGAGGAUCUAGUGCCCGCUGUUAUGGAUGCUGCCCAUAGACACAGUAUCAAGGUUGCGUUUCACCUGCAGCCCUACAAAGGCCGGACGGACCUCAGUGUGCACGACAACAUUAAAUACAUCAUUGACAAAUACGGCAAACACGGUGCGUUCUACAGGUUCAAGUGCAGCACUGGGAAGGUCCUUCCGCUCUUCUACGUGUACGACUCGUACCUGACCCCACCCGAGACCUGGGCCGAGCUGCUCACUUCUCGAGGGUCUCACAGUCUCCGAGGAACCCCUUACGACGGCAUCUUCGUCGCGCUCAUCGUUGAAGAGCGGCACAAGGACGACAUCCUGUCCGGAGGUUUUGACGGCAUGUACACUUAUUUUGCCUCCAACGGUUUCUCCUUCGGAGCUUCUCACCAGAACUGGAAAGCUAUCAAAGCUUUCUGCGACAAGAGCAACUUGCUGUUCGUGCCGAGCGCAGGGCCGGGUUACAUAGACACCGCCGUCCGUCCCUGGAACAAUCACAAUACACGCAACCGCGUGAACGGGCGAUAUUACGAGACGUCUUUGCAGGCGGCGAUGUCCGUGAGGCCGGAUAUCAUCACGAUAACCUCAUUUAAUGAAUGGCAUGAGGGAACUCAGAUCGAGAGAGCCGUGCCUAAGAAGACUGUGGCUCGUCUGUAUUUGGACUACAAACCCCAUCAGCCAGACCAUUACCUGGAGCUUACCAGAAAGUGGGCGGAGCAUUUUAGUAAAGAGAAAGAGCAGUGGCUUAUGUAAUCGGACCCCGUUACUCAAGUUUUUCAUUGACAUCGUCUUCGUACUGUCAUUGUAAAUUAUGAUCCUUUUAAUUGAUUCUUAUGUUUUAAAGGCAGCUAGUUCAACAAGGUCAAACUACAUUAACUCUUCAUUUACUGUACAUCUUCUUCACAGAUUGAUGCAAGUAAUAUAGUUGAUCUAAACAUUUUGUUAUCAUUUACUCACACUGUUAUUUCAUAAAACUAAAAGAAGGGGCCAUCUUAAAACUGGAGCAUGAAAGACACAACAUGUGAACGGCCCCUGAAACUGUUGAGCUAUUUAGAUUAAGAACGAGAAUUAACAUUUAUUAUUCAAUCCCAUUUACACUCCCGCUUAUUUAAGAGUGGCAUAGUAUGAUUGUUCACACCAGUUUUAUUUAUUUAUUACCAGUGUUAUGAGUUUUGGCCUUCGACCUGUUAACAGGACUUCUGUUACUUUGUGUUUUUGUGUGACAUUUUUAAACAUCCCUGUGAUUGCUAGUGUUUGUUUGUUUUUGUGAAAAAGACUGAAUUUAUUAUUUAACGGAAAUCAUACUGAAAAAUGAUGCAUAUUGUAUUUUCAUCUCUCCGUUUAUUUUCUCUGUCUGCUUUUUCUCUGCAGGGUAUUGGAAGGGCUGGAGCUAUAGUAAUAUACAUGUUUAAUAUUUAAAAUUAAACAGUACUUGUGUAAUGGUUGUGAGAAAGACACAACAUGAUAUUAUUAAAAAAAUAAUUUCUGUUUAAA